AUGUCUACUCCAACAAUUCCUUCCACUCAAAAAGCUUACAAAUGGUCGCAAUUCACUGGAAUUGAGAAUCUUGUCUUGCAUUCCAAUGAAAAAAUCGAAAAGCCACAAAGAAAACAAGUUCUCGUUCGUUUACAUGCAGCCAGUUUGAAUUAUAGAGAUUAUUUGGUAGCUACUGGUACUUAUCUUGCUCCAUGUAGUGCUGGAUUGAUUCCACUCUCAGAUGGUGCUGGUGAAAUUGUCCAAGUUGGUCAAGAUGUUACUCAAUUCAAAGUUGGUGAUCGUGUUGCUGGAACCUUCUUUGAAAAUUGGCAAGAUGGUGAAGUUAACGAUCAUGCAAUUUCUCGUUCUUUAGGUGGUGGUUCUGUUCCAGGAGUUUUACAACAAUACAGAGUAUUUGAAGAGGAUGGUUUAGUCAAGAUUCCAAACUAUUUAACUUAUGAACAAGCUUCAACACUUCCAUGUGCUGCAUUGACUGCAUGGGUUGCUCUAGUUGAAAAUGGACUUGAUAAGGUUGGUCCUAACAGUACAGUCUUGAUUAUUGGAACAGGUGGUGUUUCAUUGUUUGGUUUACAAUUUGCAAUUUCUGCUGGAGCCAAGACAAUUGUUUUAUCUUCAAGUGAUGAGAAAUUGGAGAAGGCCAAAGCUUUGGGAGCAACUCAUUUGGUCAACUAUAGAAAACAUCCAGAUUGGCAUGUUCAAGUUAAAGAACUCACUAAUGGAAGAGGUGUUGAUCAUGUUGUUGAAGUUGGUGGUGAUGGAACCUUGUUUAGAUCUUUGAAUUCAGUUAGAAAGGGGGGUCAUGUUCAUAUGAUUGGUGUUCUUUCAAAGGCUCAAGAUCAUAAUAAUCUUGCUGGAGUAUUACUUUCUAAUUUGAUUAAUUUGAAAGGAAUAUUUGUUGGUUCUCGCGGAUCAUUCGAAAGAAUGAACAGAGCUUUCGAACAACAUGCUAUUCAACCUGUUAUUGAUAGUGUGUUUGAGUUUGAAAAGGCUAAGGAAGCUUUGGAAUAUUUGGCAAGUGGAAAACAUUUCGGCAAGAUUGUUAUCAAGAUUGAUUAA